CGCUGUUGCUGUUGCUGCCGCCGCUUCCCUCGCGCGCCCGCGCGUCCCCAGCUGUUGCCUGGCGGAGCGUUCCCCCGCCCCCCCUCGCCCUGCGCUCGCGCCGCCGCCGCCGCGGCUCGGGCUGGCCGCCUAAAAUGAUUACUGCAUGAAUGCAGUGGAAUAAAUGGCGUCCAAAGUAACAGAUGCUAUAGUCUGGUACCAGAAGAAGAUUGGGGCAUAUGAUCAACAAAUAUGGGAAAAAUCUGUAGAACAAAGAGAAAUAAAGGGUUUGAGGAACAAACCAAAGAAAACCGGACAUGUGAAGCCAGAUCUCAUAGAUGUUGACCUUGUAAGAGGAUCAGCCUUUGCUAAAGCAAAGCCUGAAAGCCCUUGGACCUCUCUGACCCGAAAAGGAAUUGUUAGAGUUGUUUUCUUUCCAUUCUUCUACAGGUGGUGGCUACAAGUGACAUCAAAGGUCAUCUUUUUCUGGCUGCUUGUUCUUUACCUUCUCCAAGUUGCCGCAGUAGUAUUAUUCUAUACAGCACAAAACCCACAUAAUAUACCUCUGACUGAAGUAAUUGGGCCAAUAUGGCUAAUGUUGCUACUUGGAACUGUGCAUUGCCAGAUUGUCUCAACACGAACUCCUAAACCACCUCCCAGCACAGGGGGUAAAAGAAGAAGGAAAUUAAGGAAAGCAGCACAUUUGGAAGUACAUAGGGAAGGAGAUGGCUCUAGUACUACAGAUAACACACAGGAAGGAACAGUGCAGAACUACGGUACAAGCACCUCUUACAGUAUUGGCGCUGUCUUCAGAGAUAUCUGGCAUGCUGCUUUCCUUUUAUCAGGAUCAAAGAAAACAAAGAGCUCAAUAGAUAAAUCAACAGAGACUGAUAAUGGCUAUGUCUCCCUUGAUGGGAAAAAGACAGGCAAAAGCAGUGAAGAUGGCACACAAACACAUGAGCCUCACUGUGAAGAGAUUAGGCCAGAUGAGGCAGGCUGGAGCACAGGAACCAUCAGAAAUGCAUACAACAAUCAUAGUCAUCACAAAGAUUCCCACAGGGCAAUAACAAAUGUAUCUGAUGAAGUUUCGAGUGAGGAAGGGCCGGAAACUGGCUACCCUCUACGCCGUCAUGUAGAACGUGCCUCCAGUGACUGUGCUCUUCGAAACAGGAAAUCCCAUUAUAAGAAACACUACCCUGUAGAGGAUGCACCUAAGUCAGGUACUAGUUGUAGUUCUCGAUGUUCGAGUUCAAGGCAGGAUUCUGAGAGCACAAGGCCAGAAUCAGAAACAGAGGAUGUACUGUGGGAAGACCUUUUGCACUGUGCAGAAUGCCACUCUUCCUGUACCAGUGAGACAGAUGUAGAAAGCCCUCAAGUCAACCCAUGUGGAAAGAAAGAAUAUAGAGAUGACCCAUUUCAUCAGAGUCAUUUGCCCUGGCUCCACAGUUCAAACCCAGGACUAGAAAAAAUAAGUGCAAUUGUAUGGGAAGGUAACGAUUGCAAGAAAGCUGAUAUGUCCGUGCUUGAAAUCAGCGGCAUGAUUAUGAACAGAGUGAACAGCUAUAUACCAGGAAUAGGAUACCAGAUUUUUGGAAACUUAGUCUCCCUAAUCCUGGGUUUAACACCAUUUGUAUUUCGACUUUCCCAAGCUGCAGAUUUGGAACAACUAGCUACACAUUCUGCUACUGAACUUUAUGUUCUUGCAUUUGGGUCAAAUGGAGACAUACUUGUUCUUUCAAUGGUUAUAAUAAGCUUUGUGGUCCGUGUGUCCCUUGUGUGGAUUUUCUUUUUUCUACUAUGUGUAGCAGAGAGAACAUACAAACAGAGGUUACUUUUUGCCAAACUGUUUGGUCAUUUAACAUCUGCUAGAAGGGCAAGAAAAUCAGAAGUUCCUCACUUCCGGUUAAAGAAAGUGCAAAACAUCAAAAUGUGGCUCUCUCUCCGAUCCUAUCUGAAGCGGCGAGGCCCUCAACGCUCCGUUGAUGUUAUAGUUUCAUCUGCCUUCUUACUGACUAUCUCAGUUGUAUUUAUCUGCUGUGCACAGCUGCUUCAUGUGCAUGAGAUCUUCCUUGAUUGUCACUACAAUUGGGAACUAGUGAUUUGGUGCAUUUCACUAACACUUUUUCUCCUAAGAUUUGUUACACUUGGAUCAGAAACCAGUAAAAAAUACAGCAAUACCUCAAUAUUACUUACUGAGCAGAUAAACCUGUACUUGAAAAUGGAGAAGAAACCUAAUAAGAAGGAAGAACUGACACUAGUAAACAAUGUUUUAAAACUUGCUACGAAGUUACUCAAGGAGUUGGACAAUCCCUUCAGGUUAUAUGGGCUUACAAUGAAUCCACUGCUUUAUAACAUCACCCAGGUUGUUAUCCUGUCUGCUGUUUCGGGUGUCAUCAGUGACUUGCUUGGAUUUAAUCUAAAGCUCUGGAAGAUCAAAUCAUGACAAUACUCGAAGACGAUUAAGUAGCACAGUCUUCUAGAAAAGUGCAUUGAUUGACUAAACUGCCUCACAGCAGUCACUGUAACUGGGUUUCAGAAGCUAUGGCCUCUUCAAGGAUGUAGUUUGGAAAAUUGAAGUGUUUACAUCUGACUGUCUUGUGCAAUCUUUAUAUUUAUUUUAUUUUCUCACUGUUUUUUAUGUACUAGUUGAUAUUUGUAUUUUAUUUUCAAGCAUUAUUAUGCUCAGCUAUUGAAAGGGUAAGAGAACUGCUAUCUACAUACUUGAGAUCCUGGUAAAUUGGUCACACUAAAUUACUAUGUCUGUUGUUAAAGCCGAAGCCAAUGCUUAGCUUUUGUAUUUUGUAAUGUUUAGUUACAAUAAUGCUGUACUGAAGUCACCUUACUUUACCUUAAAUUUUUCUAAAGUUGCAUAGAGCAUUUCAUUUUGCACUAAUUGUUUAUCAGUAAUCAUAAAAUCAGUAGGUGGUUGUGACAGAGAAUGUGACUUACAGAGAAAAGUACUGACAAUAUAGAAUGACAGGUAGUAGGGAAAAUACUUUACAUUGAUACUAAAACUGAGCUGGUUUCCUAAUAUUUUUGGGUGAUUCCAGGAUCUAAAUUAAGCUGCAAUUCAGACACCCUUGGGUAUUAGUCAAGUAUUAGAAAACAGGUCAAUAAGUGCUCUUUGAUAACAAUUUUAUUAGAGCAAUAAUUGUAAAUGGUUACCAUGCUGUAAGAUAUUUUGAUAAAAUUAACUAUUGUAUUUAUUUGAAACACUGGGCUGUUUGCACAGCUCUGACUGUGCAUGCUCAAUAUGUGCACUUUUUAUUAUUACUUUUAAUAAGGACCUUUAUAUAUAGUAAAUUGACUAUAUUAUGGUGGACUGUGGUGCAAUAUGUAUUACCUUUGCAGGCUAAGUAUUUAGACUUUUUCCCUGAGUGGAGAAACCCUGUUUAUUGAAGAAGGCACAUAAUGUAUGAUGAAGAGUAAGAUAAAUAUUCUCCCAUAGUACACUAUAGUAUAUGCUGUUUAUACCACAUGUAAGUUUAAGAAUGGAAAACAAAGCAAAACAAAAGCCCAGAAAAGGGUAAGGGUACGAUGCAAGUCUUAUCUGUUUGGAUGGGGUUAUUAUGCCCAUACCACCUAAAAGAAUAUAAUUUACAAAAUCCAUCAAAGCUUAUUAGGCAAUUAAAAAAUUAAAUGAUGCUACCAUUAGCACCACAAACACUCUUCUUCCUGUGUUUUUAUUGAGAUUGCCAGGUCUCCAUUGUAAAUCCUGAUGAUGCUUGAAGGAGAGACAUUUUGAUAUUCCUUUUUUACAUUAGCUCAAUUCUGGCUCAGUUCCUGGGAAUCAGAAAACUAGAAAUUUGUCCUUUAAAAAAGGACUGUUAAUUUAAGCUACUACAUAAUAUUUCACUUAAAUGACAUUGUAAAACCUAACUCCAUCCUCUGUGAACACACUUGAUGUAUUGCUUUUAAGGGAAUAUAUUUGAGUAACUUUCUAAAAAUUGUCUGCUUUAGGCUGGAAAAGAAUAGAAAGAACAAUAAUUUUGCAAAAAAAUUAAGAAGUCAGACAUUACACAGUACGUAGCAAUUUUCAGAAUUGUUAAUCAUUUGAGAUAAUAUAACUUAAACUUGUGUGGUAUAAAAUUAUUUUUUAUAUAUAAAGCAACACAAACAAGCAUUUUGUAUUUUAUUUGCCUCUGUACUAAUGUUUAAUAAUGACCAAAGUGCAUUCUGGUUUUUUCUUUUUGAAGGAAUGUAUUACUGGAGCUUUAAGAACAUACUAUAUUUAGUUUCUUGUGAAAAAUUUGGCUGCAUCUGAUCUGUUUCUUCUUCCUCUAUGUUGUCUGAUGUUGGGAUUGUUUUUAGGAAUUAAGUAUAUUUUAUAAUUUUUUUCCAAAAUAAGGUACAGACCUACACAAAACUUAAUUUUGCACAGAAUAUAUUUUAAGAAAAAAAAUACAGCAGGAGUUGUGUAGGUGGUAAAAGACAAGGUUCUUGGUUUUCACAGCCUGUCACUAUUACAAAAUAAAAAUAAAAGACCAUAUUUAUUUCAGAAUUAAAAUAUUUUAAAGAAUUUUAGGGGCUGAAUAUAUUGCUUUCAGUAAAAAAAUAAAUAAAAAUAACAGUUUGGGUUGAAGGUGGAAGUUAGUUUGUAACCACAUAUACCUCGGCAACUAGCAGUAUGCUGGAUUGUUGCACUAAUAGUGGCAGCUUUGAUAGUAUAAAAUGGGGGUCUGUAAAAUUAAGUGAAAGCUGAUGAAACGUAUUGAAUUAAUUGCUGCCUUUAGGUAUAUCAAUAAUAAAAGACAAGACAUGAGAGAAAUAUUUUCCAUCCCUUAAUAUGGAAAUGCCAGUACAAAAAUAGAGGUAAGUAGAAAUAAGGCAGAUCUUGUGUGUUAACUGUUAUUUUUGCCACAUGUUUUGUAACUGAAAGUGUGAUCAGGCUCGGAAUAAAGCACUCGAUGACUGAUGGUAUAAAA